AAAAAUAGUAAAUAAAAAAGAAGUGGGAGAGCAUUUUUAUAUAUAUGUUUGAAGGAGAUUGGAUACCUACGAGAAAUUAACCUAUCUCACUGUGUUGAUCUCCACAGGUUCGACAAAUAAAAUGUUUGACAGAAAAUUAUUGUAUGGGAGCAAUAUUACAAGUCUUGACCCAUACUCGUGCACUUCGAUCAGCUAUUGAUAGCUCUGAACACUUUUGUGACCAACAAUUUUGUCCUGUAGAUUUAUUAAGAAACUUUAUGAAGGAGAUGCAAAAUGGGAGUUUGAAGCCAUAUAACCCUUCAGAGUUUCUUAACACUUUAGAAGACAUUCUUAAAAAGACUGGUGCCAAUUUGAAAUGGGAUGCUUCAACAUGUUUUUCGGGCUUACUCGCUGGACUUGAAGAAUCUGGAAAACCAAUUGCGGAAAUUUUUUUAUCUGAAAUCAUCCAAGAGUACUACUGCCACUAUUGUUGGGUAUCAAUGAAGCAGCCCAUUGAAUAUGAAGCCAUUGAUUUGCAUGACAUUGAGGGACUUACAGUUAUAGAAGCUGUUAGGCAGUUUCGUGUUGGCAAGAUUAUUGAUCGUGAUUGUACAGUAUGCAAUCCUGGUGGUGAAAUGGAGCAAAUUGACUAUUUUAGUAAGCUGCCACAAAUUUUGGUCUUCAAACAGAAGAAAUCGGUUGCAAAUGAUGGACAGUUGGAAAAUGAGAUCAUUCUCAGAGAUCCUGACAGAACAAGACAUUUUUAUACAUUGUAUGGGGUGGUGUUGCAACAAGUAGAUGGAAAUUACAGCUCUUACAUCCACCAUGGUGAUGGAUGGGUGGGUUUUAGUGAUCAAAAUAUUUCCUGGGUUGAUAAAUUUCCGUAUGAAGACGAUCCAUGCAUGCUCUUUUACGAGAAGGGAGAUCCAAAGGUUCGAGCCAUUCAAAAUUUGCAAAACCAAUCCCUAAUAGGAUCAGUUUUACAUAUAUUGGCUGAGACAGAUGCUUUACGAAUUGCAAUUCGCAACCAUCACUGUACGAAUAAAGAAGCUUGUGGAGGAUUCUUGCUAAAAAAAUUUAUGAGCGAGAUUUCAGAUGAUCCAUAUGAUGUUUCAGAUUUUUCUGAAUUAUUACCCUUGCUCUUGGAAAGAGAGAAGCAGGCCGCAGAGAAUACACCUUACAGCUUUUUUAAAGCAUUAGUUAAUGGGUUAGUACGGUGUGAAGUAUCAAAGGGGCCAAUGGAGGAUAUUUUUAUUUGUACAAGCUAUACGACGUCUCGUUGCCUUAAAUGUUCAUAUGGACCACCAUCAAUGGAUGAUAAGAAAGAUCCAUGCUUUGCAUUGGAAGUGGAUGUGAACAACAUGAAGACAGAGACAGUAGUCAAAGAUUGGCUUAUGCAUGAAGUUGAUGUACAUUGUACAUAUUGUGAAGGGGCUACUAGGUCAAGAAUUUUCCGGCAGUUUAGAAAACUUCCAGAGAUUUUGACCUUUGAAAUUAAGAUACUGGAAAAUCAUCAUAAAAAAUGUCCUUUGCUUCUGUGUUUAAGUGAUUCUAAAAAGCAUCAUCUGUAUUCUCUAUAUGGAUUGAUAAAGAAAGUGAGGGUUAAAAAUGAAGAUUGUUAUUGUUCAUACAUCCGACAAGGAAAUUCAUGGGUGAAAUAUUUUAAUUCCAUAACCCAGAAUUCCAUUGAAGAACAACUCAUUGAGCUUCCAAACAGUCACAAUCUGGUUCAAGUAGGAUCUCAAUCAAGUUCAAAACCCAUAUCUGGUGCGUGGACUAAAAAAGCAAAAAGAACUAUAGGAAGGAAGAGGCCAAGGCAGCAGAUCAACCCUACUGUACAACACCAGGAUUUGGAAGAGAAUGAGGAAGGAGAUGAAGCUCCUGAUGAAGAGAAUGAGGAAAGAGGGGAAGUUCCUGCUGCAUUAGAGCAGAGAAGGCAAUUGGGAGAGAGCGAGGAAGGAGGGGAAGUUCCUGCUGUAUCAGAGCAGAGAAGGCAAUUGGGAGAGAACGAUGAAGGAGGGGAAGUCCCUGCUGCAUUAGAGCAGAGAAGGCAAUUGGGAGAGAACGAGGAAGGGGGGGAAGUUCCUGCUGCAUUGGAGCAGAGAAGGCAAUUGGGAGAGAACGAGGAAGUUCCUGCUACAUCGAGGCAGAGAAGGCGAAUCAGAAUCAGGGGCAAGGAAGUUCCUGCUGCAUCGGGGCAGAGAAGGCGAAUCAGAAUCAGGGGCAAACGAGAACGAAGAUAUGCUGGAGGGUAAUAAGAUAUGGGACUUUGCAGCUGACUCAUUCUCUUCCCCCAUAUAGACAAACCCUGCCAUACCAUUUGACUUAGUAUUCCAGGUUGAUAACUUUGUUCUACACACAUACUUUUGAAUGAUCCUAAAGAUUCAUUGUUAGCUAUCAGGUUGUGGAAGGAACAGAACAAGCUUUUAAUACAUUGAAAAAUGAUUAAUCACACAAAAAAAAAUGGUGAAAAGGUUAGGAAUUUCAAAUGUGAUAAGUCAUAAAUGACUUAUUGUCUCAAAAGUUUAAGUUGUUAAGAAAUAGUUAAUUCAAUCAUUUAACUAUAAUUCUAACAAAAUGGAAUUAAAGUCUUGAUUGGGUUUGGAAGUU